AUGGAUUCUACAUCUCUGUUACCAACAUUUUUAGAUGUGGAUCUGACAGUAUCACACAUAGAAUGUUUUCCCAAGGACGUUCUGGUGAAAUUUCAAGGCAGAAAUAAUAGUGAGUGUGAGUUUGACUACCACAUAUUGCAGAGGGAAAUACAGCAUAUUCCAAAAGUAAAAAAUAAUGUGGACAUUGAUGAAUUUUGUUUGGUAGAAGAAAGAAUAUCAGGAGAAUGGCAGAGAGGAAGAGUUGUGGAAAAGAAAAAUGAUCUGUAUACUGUGCUCCUCAUAGAUCGCGGAGAAGAACUGAGAGUUGACAGUACGCAGGUUGCUUCAGCCUGUGGCAACUUAUUUGAUCUAGCACCACGGGUAAUGUUUGGCAUUUUUGCCAACAUAUUACCAACUGGGGAAAAAUGGUCUCCUAAGGCUUUGAAUUACUUCAAGUCAUUGAUAGGACUACAAGUGAAAGGUUGUGUGCAAGCUAUUUUGCCUCUUCAGAUGAUGAUUCUUGAAGUGCCAAAAAUUGUAUCCCAGGUUCUUGAAUUACAAUUAGGGAGACUUAUUGGUGGAGAUUCAUUUUGUCUUGUUGUGGAAAUGGUAAAAGAAUUCCCCAAACAAAUGCCAGAUUCAUUACAACAUAAAAGACCUGAAUUAUCAUUAAGUAAUAAUGAUACUUUACUUGAUAUUCAACAUGUUCUGGAUAAUUUGCAACCAUCUUUGUCAGUAGGCAGUAUUGAAAGUGUAAAAGUAUCAUCUGCCGUGAGCCCAAGUAAAUUUUAUUGCCAACUAAUUAAAUGGAUUCCAGAGUUAGAAAACUUGACAGUGUGUUUGACUUUGCAUUAUGAUAUUGUCAGUCAAGAAGGUAGUCCCACAUGUGAUAAUUUUGGAGUACUUUGUGUUGCCAAAAGGAGAAAUGGACAGUGGCAUAGAGGAAUUCUUCAGCAGCUUUUGCCUAAUAAUCAAGUGAAAAUUUGGUUUAUGGAUUAUGGCAGUAGUGAGACUAUACCCUCAAUUCACGUAGAGAAACUUAAACAGGAUUUUAUUUUAGAACCAUUAUUUUCAUUUCCAUGUUCUCUGACAUAUUUACACAGUCGAGAUGCAAGAAAAUUUCAACUAAGUGUAUUUAAACAAGCCUUGUUAGGACAAAUAGUAUAUGCACACCUUGAUUGGUUCAGUAAGGAUGAGCAUUUGUAUUAUGUAACAUUACAAACUCAAGAGUCUACAAUUACUCCUAAGUGUCUGCUAAAGACUGUAGGCACACAAGUACUUUGUCCAGUGUCUGAUUCAAAAAUCUCUAAUAUGUUGAGGGAGACUAGUGCCUCAGAUGUAAACGGCUUUGCAGUUGAGAGUUUUAUUGCAAAUACUGAAUGGUCGAUAGAUUCUCUAAAUAAAAAAGACACUUUGAAAGUAGACUUUCCUAUUAAAACUGUAGAAAUGGAGAUAGAAGCUGUCUACAUAGCUCUUGUAGCAUAUGUGUUAAACCCAUCAAAUUUCUGGGUACGUACUAAUGAACAUCAGAAUGAAUUUCAAGAUAUAAUGAAAAAUAUAAACAAAUUUUAUGAUUUGUGUGAAAAUGAUGAACUGAUUCUAAGAAAUCCAGGACCUGGAUUAUUUUGUUGUGCUAGAUACAGCAAAGACCAACGUUUUUAUAGAGCUGUCAUUACUGAAAUUAAUGGUUAUAAAAUUAAUGUUUAUUUUUUGGAUUACGGAAAUACUGAUUCCAUACCAUUUUUUGAUGUAAAAAUUUUGCUUCCAGAGUUUUGUGAGUUGCCUGCCUUAGCCAUGUGCUGUUCACUUGCAUAUAUAUUUCCCGUUGAAGAUUUAUGGGUGAAGGCAGCAGCUGAUUAUUUUUAAAAAAUUGUCUUGAACAAAGCAAUUUUGCUUCAAGUUAUAGCAAAAAAAGAUGAGAAGUAUACUGUAAAUAUUCAGAAUAUUGAAGCCUCAGAAACUAUUGAUGUUGUCUCUCUUAUGUUACAAGCUGGAUAUGCAGAAUAUUGGGAAGUAGAACCAGAAUGUUGUCCAAAAUCUGUAAGUGAAUAUUCAGUGUUAAAUUUAAAAUCUAAAAACAAAGUAAAUAUUAAGAAAGUCAUAUCUACCCUUCUUGAAGGACCUAAACCUAAAAAGUACCAUUCAGAUAAGCUAAAAGGAAGUAAUUUUUCUUUGUUAAAGUCCCCAGCUGUUAACUUCCUAGAUUUAAAAAACCCUUUCACCUUGUCUGUGAGACGUGAGCCACCAUGGCCUUAUAAAGAAUGUGUGUUUAAACCAGGAACAGUCCUUGAAGUUAAGUGUUCUUAUUAUUAUGGCCCAGGUGACUUCUCAUGCCAGCUGCAAUGUAAGUUAGAAGAAUUAAACUUACUAAUGGAACAACUUAAGGAUUAUUAUAGUGUUCAUUCUGAUCCUUAUCAGAUUGGGCAGAUUGCUUGUGUUGCUAAGUAUUCUAAAGAUGGGAAGUGGUAUAGAGCUGCUAUUUUGACUCAAGUAUCAAAAAAAGAACUUGAUGUGGUACUUGUUGAUUAUGGUUACCAGGAAAGAGUUUUAAUUAAAGAUCUUUGUGCUAUUAAACCAUGUUUCCUUUUUUUAGAAGGUCAGGCCUUCAGAUGUAGUCUUAACCAUUUAGUUGAACCCAUUAGUUGUAAAGUAUUCAAUUGGACGAGAGAAGCAUGCAGAGACCUUGGGAAUUUUAUUUCUUCAUUUAGAGGGUUAUUGACUUGUGUCAUCUAUGCCUUAGUUCUUAUAUAUCCAAACUGUUUAUGUAAUUUGGUGGAUUUACAAUCUCCAUUUGCUAGUGCAAGAGAAUGUCUUAAUAAUCAUGGCUCUGCACAGUAUAGUACAGUAUCAAAGCCAUUUCCAUCUUCAGUUAGUCUUUACAGUUAUUCUUCCUUCAAUAUAAAAAUUGGAAGUGAGGAAGAAAUAUAUAUAUCUCACAUAUAUAGUCCCAAAAAGUUUUAUUGCCAACUUAGUAGAAAUAAUAAAGACCUAGAGAUGAUAGAAACAAAGAUCACAGAGAUUAGUAACCUCAAUCAGUGCCGCAAAUCUGAUUUUAGUAAAAUGAGAUUGUGCAUAUCUAAGUAUGUAGAGGAUGGUCUCUCUUAUAGAGCUUCAGCGAUGCCGACAGGUUCAUUAUCUGACUUCCUGGUAUCUUUUGUGGACUUUGGAAAUAAACAAUUAGUAGAAGAAAGUAUGUUGAGGGAUGUUUCAGAUGAGUUUCCAGAGUUGCUGUUUACACUUAUGCAAGCUAUUAAAUGUUUUUUGUCAGAUCUUAGAGAUGUAGAUAUUCCAGAAGAAAUCAAUAGCUGGUUUGAAGAUAAUUUUUUGGGAAAACCAUUAAGGGCAAUCAUAUUGUCCAAGGAGCCAGAUGACCAGCUUGGUGUAGACUUAUAUGAUGGAUAUCAACAUAUAAAUCAGAAAAUUAAAAUGUUGAUUCAUGCUUAUGGAGAAAAACAUUGUGACCAAGCACAAUGUGUGGAAAAGCAUCCUAAAACAAAUAAGAAACUUGCUGUUUCCUUGAAAGGCAAAAUAGAAAACAAUUAUCACCAUAGUACAAUAAGUAAAACUAGUCUAAUAACAUAUUCUGAAAGCAAAAUAGAUCAGUUAAUGAAUCCCAAAAGUAUAUAUGGCAGGCUUUUGAAACCAUCAGUUUGUUAUAAAGUUGAACCUGUGUCAGAAAACAAGGUGAAGAAGUCUUUGAAUGAUGGACUUAAAAAUAAAGGUGUAAAAAUUGCCCCUGGGUCUGCAUAUGUUAUUGAUGAAAGUGAUGUGGACCAGAAAUCAGUAAGGGUUGUAUCACAGUCUUUUAUCAGAGAAUUAAAUCAGGCAGCCUCACAAAACACGUAUAAUCAUGCUAGACCACAGAUUAAAGACCUUCAUUAACCCAAAAUUUACUUGAAUGCCAAAGUUAAAGGAUAUGUUUCUAAUAUAAGUAAUCGAGCAAGUUUCCAUAUUCAGCUUGCUGAGACUGAAAAUGUAAUCAUGAGCCUAGCGGAUGGUCUAAAUGCAAGAAGAGCCAGUAUAGUGAAAGAGAGAAAAUCAGUCAAACCUGUGGUGGGAGAUCUUGUAGUUGCAGAAUACUCUGGUGACAAUGCCAUUUACAGAGCAAUUAUUAAGAAAAUUUUGCCAGGAAAUUCUUUUGAAGUGGAAUUUAUUGACUAUGGUAACACCGCAGUAGUAAACACAUCAAAAAUUUAUGAAAUUAAGAAGGAAUUCUUAACUAUUCCUCAGCUAGGAGUUCAUUCUUUCCUUAGUGGAGUAAAGUGGAAUGAGCCUGAUGAAAUAUGGUACAGCAAAACUGUGUUUUAUUUUGCUUCAAGAGUAAGUAAUAAAACAGCUUCUUGGGAGCUUUUGAAAGAGUAUGAACAGAAAUGGGAAGUAAAUAUAAUUUGUGAUGAAAAAUGUGUCAUUAAUGAACUACUGAAAUGGACAGCAUGUUCAAAACUACAGAAAACAGUAUUGCAGAUGCCUAAGGUUGUCUCUCAAAAGUUGAGCCCUAUUGAUAAAGAAAUGAAGGAAGGACUAUCAAAUGAGUAUGAAGGUUCUGUGAUCCUUCAACCAUCCUACCAACAGCUGGUUAAUAUUCCUUUUGAAGAGUUAAAACCUGGACAACUUGAAAAGGCUGAAAUACUUUAUGUUGCAAAAUGUGGGAUAUCUUAUGUGAAGUUAUCUAAAAAUAAAAAGAUUUUAUCAGAUUUAACAGUAUUAAUUACUAAAGAAGUAAAAAAAUCCUCUUUUUUAUCAAUGGAAAAUAUUGAAAAAGGCUUAGAAUGCUUGGUAAAAUCUAAAAAAACUUUGAAGUGGUAUCGAUCAAAAGUAGAAAAAAAGUGUGUUGAUGAGAAAGUGCUUGUUUUUUUAGUAGAUCAUGGUAGGUAUGAAGUAGUGCCCUUAUGUAAUACCAAGGUGCUUACUAAUGAAAUCAGAAAUAUUCCAAGACAAGCUGUGCCUUGUAAAUGGAUUUGGUUUGAAAAUUUUAGGAACAUGCCAUUUGAGUCCAUUGUGUGCUUAGUUGCUCAUUUGGAAAUAAACAUCCUUUUUCUGAAAUAUUUAGACUCUACCUGGGAAGUAGAAAUUUUGAUAGAGGGCCUGUUACUUUUGGAAUAUUUAAAUUUAAAUACAGUUCAUGUUGAAGAAAACAAAUUUAGAUCUUCAGAAGUUAUUUUCAACGUUGAAUCUAAGAUUCCUGUAUCAUCAUGUACAAUAAGAUCAUUUACUUGGGCAGAACUCCAAAAUGGUAGGCAAUAUUCUGGUAUUGCCACUGCUGUUUCUGAUCCAUCAGACUUCUGUGUUCAGUUAGAAGAUUUCUUUGACACAAUGAAAUCUCUCUUUAUGUUGCUUUCUGAUCUACUAGAAGACUUAGAAACAGUGCCUCAAGAGCACGUAAUUCCAGGUUCUAGUUGUUUGUUCAAAUAUGAAUUGGAAGAUCAGUGGAAUAGGGUAGAAAUUUUUGAAGUCUCUGAUCAGUCUUUACUUCUUGUAUUGAUUGACUAUGGAUUUUCUGUUUACACACCUUAUUCAGAUAUAAAAAAUCUUAAAGUUGUUCCUGAGGAACUUCUGAAUUUGCCGAGGCUAAGUUAUCCUUGCAUCUUAUAUGGUAUCUUACCUGCUAAAGGGAAACAUUGGAAUGAAGAAGCCAGAAGUUUUUUUCAAGAUUUCCUGAGUAAACCAGGCUUAGUUUUUCAGUUUAGGGAAUACAGUUUUGAAACAAAACUGAAGGUAGAUAUCAUUCAUGAGAAAAAUAAUUUGGCAGAUAUGUUAGUUGCCUCUGGUCUUGCAAUUUAUUCUAAAGAUUUAGAUCAUCUCAAUGCAGUUACUGCUACUGGAUCUACUAAAAUCCAAUAUAAAUCAAAGAGUAAACCUGUUUGCCAAUUUUUAGAUCAAAGUUAUUACAAAAGAGAAAGUAUGAAUUGUAUGUGCACUGAGAAGCAAAAGCUGAAAAGGCAGAAAACUAUAAAGAGGAAAGAUGUCUGUAAGAACCUCUUAAAGAAAAGCCAUAUUAGUAAAAGAUUACAUUCUAGAAAUUUAGCACUGAGGAAGAAGGUUGGUAGUGGAAAACAUAAUCCCCGAAAUACCACUGCAUUUGAUACAUGUGCAGCAGCUUCGUUUUGGGAACUACCUAAUGGUUUGAAUGAUAACACCAAUUGCAUUGAAAACAUUUCUGAAAAACUACCAAGUGGAGUACAGGAAACUAAUACAAUGGACUUGAGAACAGCAGAAAAAGCAUUGCAUGUUAAUAAAAAAAUUAUAUCAGAACAUUUGAAAGCUGCUCUGCGACAGUAUUUGUGCGUGUCGUCUGCACCUAGUCGGUGUGAGAUGGUUACACACAUGACUGCGCGGGAGAGUAGAUUCAUGUUUAAUGACAUUACGCGGGAAGUGCCACAGCCUCCGUAUUUGUGCACAAUGGAGAAUCUAUUUUCAGCUCCCACCCCAUCUGCAAGUUACUUUUCUAGGCAAAAAGAGCAGAAUUUACCCACCCACUUCCUAUUACCACAGUGUGACCAGAACACAGAGGACCAGCGCCUUUUCCUGUGUAGCUUCCCAUUUUCCGUUACUCCUAGAGGCCCAGGUUCAACUAAAAUCUCCGUCUCCUCAGCUCUUCCACCCACAGCCCAACCUCUGGCCCUACAGUGA